CGCACUUACUAUCAGGCGUUUCCCCCCCUCGACCGUCCUCUGCGGCUGUUGUAGCAGUGGGUCAAACAACGACGCUAACACUGGAGCUGUAAAAUUACCAACGGGGGCUCCCGUUUAAAGCGCCGCAGCAAGCUGACCAGCCAGCGCAGUGUGAUCACUUGCGACUCUCUCUGAAACGACUUUCUGUUUCGGAGAAGUGCAAAUUGAUAUCCCAAAACCACUGCCGCCGCACAUCCACCAAAAAGAAAAAACCCACCCCAAAUCGAAGCAAAAUGGUGCAAAAUAAGAUCACCGAAGUCACUGGAUUCCACCGCUCUUUCAAGGGCCAAAAUCCUUUUGAAUCAGAGGACUUCACUAAAAAUGGAUCCCAUCUUAUUGAUUCAUCAUUUAAUUUUGAUUCCUCCUCAAGACAUGACAUGCCUUCCAGCCAGCCUAUUGACAUCCCCGAUGCCAAGAAGAGAAAUAAGAAGAAAAAGCGUUGCCGGGCAACUGACAGUUUCUCUGGAAGAUUCGAGGAUGUGUAUAGACUGCAAGAAGAGGUACUAGGAGAGGGCGCUUAUGCCAGAGUGCAAACAUGUAUCAAUCUCAUCACCAACAAAGAGUAUGCUGUCAAGAUCAUUGAGAAAAGACCAGGCCACAGCCGCAGCCGUGUCUUCCGUGAGGUUGAAAUGCUCUACCAGUGCCAGGGCCAUAGGAACAUCCUAGAGCUGGUGGAGUUCUUUGAGGAGGAAGACAAGUUCUACCUGGUGUUUGAAAAGCUCAGAGGAGGGUCAGUCUUGGCACACAUUCACAAGAGGCAGCACUUCAGUGAGCAGGAAGCCAGUGUUGUCGUGCAGGACAUCGCCAGCGCUCUAGAUUUCUUGCAUAACAAGGGAAUGGCACAUAGAGACCUGAAACCUGAAAACAUUCUCUGUGAGAGUGCAGACAAGAUUUCCCCGGUCAAGAUCUGUGAUUUUGACUUGGGCAGUGGGAUCAAGCUGAACAGUGACAGCUCACCCAUCUCCACCCCUGAGCUCCUCACUCCUUGUGGUUCAGCAGAGUACAUGGCACCUGAGGUGGUUGAGGCCUUCAGUGAGGAGGCUACAAUUUAUGACAAGCGCUGUGACCUGUGGAGCCUUGGAGUCAUCCUCUACAUCAUGCUGAGUGGCUACCCACCAUUUGUAGGCCGCUGUGGUGGUGACUGUGGUUGGGAAUUAGGGGAGCCCUGCCACACCUGCCAGAACACUUUAUUUGAGAGUAUCCAGGAAGGAAAAUACGAGUUUCCAGAGAAAGACUGGGCUCAUAUCUCCUCAAGUGCCAAAGACCUAAUAUCCAAACUUCUGGUUCGGGAUGCCAAAAACCGCCUGAGUGCCAGCCAGGUGCUGCAGCACCCCUGGGUGCAGGGGGGUGCGUCUGACACUUUGCCAACAUCCAUCUUGCAUCAAAGAACCAGCAAUGCCAGGGAUCUGACAUUCUUUGCUGACAAAGCCAUGGCUGUGAAUCGGCAGCUGGCUGAACAGGAUGGCAUGGAAGAUCAGCAGCAGCAGGAAGCCCCGUUUGUUGUUACUGCUACUGGCUCUUCUAUGCGCCUCUCUCCUCCUUCCAACUCCAAGCUGGCCAGGCGCAGGCAGCGAGGCAGCCAGCCCAAGGGAGGGCCUGUCUCUGCUGCAGAGCUCCGUCAGCUCUUGGCCCCUCUGGUUAUUGUGGGAGACUGUGCCUGAAGUUGGUCAGCCCUGACCUCCAACCUUCCGUUAAGAUUCAAGUCCAGAUCUAAGACUCCCCUGAGACUCUCCCUCCCCAGUUCUGGCCCCUCUCUUUGACUCUAGCUGGCCUUGGUUCCUCUGCCAUUCAGGCUUUAUUGCCUCUCUGUAAAGGGAGAUGCUGCUUGCAGCCCUUCCUCUAAAUGCCUUCUGCCCUUCUGCAGCACUUCUGAAGCACAUUAGCCCAGGGCCUGCAUAUAGCAAACACACAAAUAUGUGCUCGUCCAGGUUGGGGAGGAGGGCCAGUUAAUGAUUUGGGAGAGAGAGAAGUAUUUUUGUUAUGUUCUUUUUUUCAUACAACUCAGUUCAGAAGAAAUCAGAACACUUAUCUUCGAAACUAAGCUCAGACACCAAAGGACAACCUGUUGUGCUGCUCCCACGUUACAACUGGAUCCACUGUGAAUUAAGUUAUCUGGAAUGUUCUCUUUGCCUGUAUGUGUAUGCAUGAAUGGUCCAUCUGCAGAUACGUACAAGCUUAUGCAAUAUGCCAAGAUGAAGGCUGUUCCUGUCUCGAAGGGAUUCAGUAUAAGGGGCUGGAAGGGCUGUAAGCCAAUGCUGUCCGUGCCUGGUGCGGUCCAUUGUGUGGCUGGGGACUCAUCAAAGAUUUUUUUUUUUCCUUCAUUUAAGACAAAUUCCUCACAACUGAGCCUCCUCUGUAAAUGUCUGAGAUGAAACACACUCAUCCAGCCUGGUGGCCAUGCACUUAAUGCUCUGAAAGCAAAGAAUGUUUGUCUGUACCCAGCCAGCCAUGACUUACUGUUGCACCAAUUCAUACAGUUUGUUAUAUAUAUAUAUAGUGUUUAUGACACCAUCAGGCAAGUCUAAUGGUAUUAAAUUAAACUAUGAUGCAUGCCUGCCCCAAAAUAAGACUUCUGAGCUUGCUCUGAAGUAUACCUGGUAUGUUGGUAGAGGCUGACUAUACAGUAUGUUAACUGGCAAGUGAAACUGGGUCAUUGUUACUUUCACUGUAGAGAAAUCAAGACAUGUCCCCUUGCCACAACCAGAACUUGUAUUUUUUUUUUUUCUGUUUUGUUUUUUCCUUUUUCAUACCAAUUUUUUUUUUUUUUUUUUUUCUUCAACUCAAUUUAUGCAUAAGACUUAACCUUAAAUAUCUUGGUAGUAAAGGUUAAAGCUCCUAUCAGGAGUUUGAAAAGCACAUUUUGGCCAAUGUGAUCAGUGUCAUUUAUUGAUCAAAUAUAUUUAUUUGGACCAUCAUUUCUUUUCCAGGGGUCACCAUUGUCUUGUUUUUCAUGAGACACACCCAUUUAAAAAUGACAUUAUAAAUUCUCAUUACAAAAUAAGACAGAUGAGAUUUUUCUAAAAAGAAACAUUAAAAAAAAGGAAAAACAUUCCACAAAAAGAAAAACGACAAAAAAAAGUCUUCCAAGGAUGUGUAGCUGUAUUAAGUUUACUUUAUUUUUGAUGUUUGAGAACUCCAUGUCAAUGUGCCACACUGAUUAUUUUAUUUUUUUUUAUUCUUUUUUUCUUCUCCCCCUCUACCCCUCCCCUUUUUUGUAUGGCUGUUAAUAAGCUUCUAUUUUCUAUGUGGUGAUUUCCAUGCAGGUGCUGUUCAGUUCAGGUGAAACACCGGAUGUUUUCCUUUAAGUUUUUUUCUUUUUUUUUUUUUUUUUUUUUUUUUUUUUUUUUUUUAUGUUUUGUGUUUUUUAAAAGUUCAGUAUGUGGUGUAUGAGGUGGGAAGAUCGAAAGAAGAGUUUAAGUUCAUCUGGAGCGUUCAUGCCCAGUGAAGGCAAGUUUUAAAUUUUUUUUUUUUUUUUAUUAUUUUAUUUUUUUAUAAAUGUAAGAUUUGGCAAUAAUCUUUUUUUUUGUUAUUGUUCAGAUUAAGUUAAAGCUCAUUCUAAGACUGACAGGUAAUGGACUGGUGAUGAGGUGGUCUCACAACACUGUAGCCAUUUCACCAAAGAGGGUUCAAGUCAUGACAUUGAAUAUGUGAUCCAUCACCUAGCAGUGAGAAGUGGGGAACUUCUGAUUGUCCAUGUCCUGUUGCCAGCACUGCAGCGACGGUACUCUGGAAAUGGUGUCAAAGGACCCAUUAUGUUGAUACUAGGACACUGUAAUAGUUCUAAAAAUACCUUUCUACAGAUGCAUCGUUAUGGGGUUUUAUGUCUUAUAAUAAGACUUACUUGAAUUUGUGUAUGCAGCUGUUUCUUCUCCAUUUGGGAAACUACUUUGCUAUCAGUAAUCUCAAAGCAUUAAGCUGAUGAUCAAGGCAAUCUUGGGGUUUUAAAAUACCUAUACAGUUCAGUAUUCUGCCUUUUUCUCCCCUUUGAGCAUCACACAAGUUAGUCCCUACUUUUUGAUAGGGUUGGAUACUCAGAAACGCACAGACUUUGGCCAUACUCUGUGAUAUCCUGAAUGGUAUAUGAGAGUUUUCUUGGUCAUGACCAUUUCUACUUUUUGUCAAAUGGCAGUAGCUUUCUGGACUGCCUUUUAUUGGGGAUAAUGGGACAAAAUGAUAUCUUUAAGCUACCAACUUUUAUAUUGUAUGUCAUUUUGACGUAAGGAAGUGUUAAAAUUCAUUCAGUCAUUUAUUCAAAUGGACAGUUCAUCAACCUCCCCACAAUUUGAAUGUAGCCCUAAGGCAAAAGCAUUUACAAUCCAGCAACACUGAUCAAAUGUUUUAUGAACAGUUCAUUUCAUGGACAUGGUGUGGGGUUAUUCUGUCUAAAUUGAUAGUCCUCCAACAAUUUUUUUUGAUUUUUAACACUGUCUGAAUCACCCCAAACCCACUGUGUUCAUUGGGAAGAAAUCUGAAAUAAAUACAUCCUUUAAGUACAAAAAGAAUUUUGAUUUAAAAUAAGCACUUUACUGUACCAUGUGAAUGAUUGCAGUUCACUCAAGGCAACAUUUAUGACAGUUGCAGAUUUUUGUAUUGUUUUUCUAAAAAAAAAUUUAAAAAAAAUGCAAUAAAAUGUUUUGAACUACA